UGCACUGAAAAGUUAGUUUAAACUUUGCUGACAAAAAAAAACCUGGGAAUUGCAUGAAGACAGAAGCCAGUUUGAAUCAGACCACACGUGCACGCUCAGACCUGCACAACGUGAGGUGUGUCAUGUUCCUGCCGAGCCUCCACAAAGGAAGACCAAUAGAAAGAAAAUCGCUCAACCCAAACUGUUUAUGCCAGGCACACAUGCCAUCCUUUCACAGAGACAGACAUACAGAAGCCAGUUGCUGCAGAAUUCACUGAGCCUACAAUUCAUGAGAAAGAUCCCCCAUUUUACAGUGAGAUGCAACGGAUAUGCCUAUUACAGGUUGUUUUUGCUUCAUCAAUGCUAAUUCUAUCCAAAUCACAAGGUGUGAUCGGAUCAGGUCACUCCUGUCUCAGAUGGAAGACUGCGAAUGACGGACAGACGCGCAUCACGUUUCUAGGAGAGGACGCAGCCGGCUUGCGUGUCUUGUACCUCAGCCUAUGGUCCGAGGAUACACGACUGGUAACAUGCCAGGUCAAUGCCAAUCCUUUCAUCACAGAAACAUAUCGCACUCUUUGCAACAGAAGCGGCAACCAGAAUCCACAUGUCCCUCCGAACUUUAAUAUUAGCAUGCUGUUGGCUGCGGAUACUGCCUGCGCAUUGGCCUCCUCUAGUGCGCAAAAGUUUACCAAACGCACAAGGAGAGAUGUGACAGUUGGCAGAACUCGGAGGAAGCGCGCCUGGAUAUUCCCAGGGACGCUGUGGUGCGGCACUGGAAGCAAAGCAGUUGGAUAUGAUGAGUUAGGGAUGUUUGAGAGUGCAGAUAGAUGCUGCCGUGAGCACGACCACUGCCUGCAUGUCAUCCCGUCUUUCACUGUGAAUUAUGGGGUCUUCAACCGCAACUUAUACACCAUCUCACACUGUGACUGUGACCAAAGGUUUCGACAGUGCCUUCUCAGUGUGAACGAUAGCAUUUCCAGCAUGGUCGGCUACAGCUUCUUCAGCUUCUUGCAGGUUCCCUGCUUUGAGCUGAAACAGAAGAAGCAAUGCCCUCAGAUGUACGGGUGCAAAGUAUCCCAAAGUGAUCUGUAUGCUGUCUUGGAAAACCCCCUUCCUUACACCUCUGAGGUUACAAGCAAAAAAGUGGACAACACUGACAGCAACGUCUUAACAGGUAGCAAAGGGCAAAGCUUUGUGAUCAGCCCACACAAAAAGUCACCAAAAAGUAAACAUCGAUGCAGCUCCAGCGGAGGCUCUUUCUUCCCUAGAAGGAAAAAGGGAAAAGGAUGUAAAAGAUGCAUGAAACUGAUUACAGCAGCACCCCCUCAAAUGACCUCAAUCUCAAGGGUGCACACCACUACUCCUUCAAUCACAAUGGGUCUUUUGAAUGCUUCUAAAAGUAGCCCAUUGAUGCUUCAUAAAAAAAGAGUUGGAAAAAAGAAGAGCGGCAAAAAGGGCCUGUCGGCUUACCCCACAAAAAGGAGCCAAGCUAAUCCACAGGUAACCAAAACCUCCUAUCCACCAGUGACAUCUACAACACGAAUCACCCCAACUUCAACACCAGCAGUUCAGCUAUACCUAUCAACAGCAUUCACAGCAGUGACCAAAAACAUGAAAAGUUGCAAAAAAGUUCCAAAACAAAGUCACUGUUGUAGACUCAGGAUGAGUCUGAGAGGUGACACCUUUCAGCCUCGUUGUAAGAGUUGUCUUAAACAAAAUACAAAAUCUCACUCAACAACUGUUACACCCUCAACAACGACACGUGAAUUACCAAAUACAGUGGCAACAGUGAAGACUCUAGCGCUCGGAAAGACAACAGAAACACCCAAACAAGACACUACAAAAACACUCUGGAGUACAGCAUCUUCUGCAAGACCAUUCACAACAAAGCUGAAAAAAGCAGUCUCCGUUAAUAAGAAUAGCAAGCUAAAAAAACAGAAGGAUUUCCCUCCACUACAGAAUAACACAAGCCUAGAGCCUAUGGGUAGUACCAGAGCCCAAAGCACACAUGAAGAGAGACGCCUGAAGCAAAAUAUUUUAUUGCAUAAUGUGACAGACAAUCAGCUUCUGUGUGAAGGCCUCAAAUAUCUUGAUGAAUGUAAAUACAAAAUCCAUCCUUUGAAGAAGAAGUUCGAUCUGCAGAACAAGGAGUCAAAGACAGCAUACCACUGUGAUUGCACCAACCGCUUGGCGGUUCAGAUUGAGAGUUUCAAGCAACCCAGUAUUCUCCCCACGCUACUGAUGGAUUUUGUCUCUCAAUACUGCUUUAAACUGCCAAAGGAGAAAAAAUGCCACCGCAGAAACAGAUGUUCUGGAGGCUUCAGUAAAGCCUCUGACCUACUUCAAGCAGUUGAGAUGAUGGAGGAAAAAGACACGGCUGGGGUGCGAAAUUCAGUCAGUUACAGAAGAAGAGGGAUUCCUGUUCGUCUUUAUAAGCGAUGCCUAAGGCUAGAAAGAGAAGCCGAUGUUAUGGUGCAGCUCACACGGCUUUAAACUAAGGGUAUAUUUGCAGCAACACUGAAUUUGGUAAGCUACACUUCAUGCAUUAUUUUUAUGUUUAUUUCUGAUGGUGAGGUGUAAUAUUUGUAAAAUAUUUGUAAAUAUACCACUGAUAUAAAUGUAACAUAUUUUUAAAGCACUGUAACAAAAAACUGCAAGCUUUCAGGUUGUGCAUUGAAAAUGUAAUAAAAUCAUGUAUUUUUUAAUUGUGUUUGAAUUUAGUAAUUGAUAUUAAAGCAUGUUUUAAGCUAUUUCAGUCAUAGGGUGUAUUAUCUGCACUGCAAUUUAAUUGAGUAAGGAAAGUAACUAGAUAUACUCCAGUCUGCUUUCCAAAACAACCAAUCAGUAAUAAUACUCCUGUAUGACAGAAGUCUUUUUUUACAUUAGAAAUGAUUAGUUAAUAAACAUUAUAGUAUGAUCUA